UGAGGUUGUGCUUAUAGUAAAUAUGGUUACUACGACGUCUGCGGUGGCUACUACGACAAUGAUUCAGUCGACUAGUGUUUCUCCUACGCCUAGCUCCCCUAGUAUGACCACCACAGAGGGUAGCGUAGGGGUGAGAAGGAUUAGUGAUAAUAGAAGGAGUAACAAGCCCAUUAUGGAGAAAAGGCGGAGGGCGAGGAUAAAUAACUGCCUCAACGAGUUGAAGACCCUCAUAUUGGACGCGAUGAAAAAAGACCCUGCAAGACACUCAAAACUCGAAAAAGCCGAUAUUCUAGAAAUGACAGUAAAACACCUUCAAAACCUACAACGACAACAAGUAGCAAUGUCUGCAGCAACAGAUCCCUCAGUCCUCAACAAGUUCAGGGCCGGAUUCAGCGAAUGCGCUUCUGAAGUCGGACGAUUUCCAGGAUUGGACCCGAUAGUUCGACGCAAACUACUUCAACACCUCGCAAUUUGCCUUAAUCAAGGUUCAAAGCUACAAGAAGUGCCUCAAGUUCAAGUGCAUAUCCUACCUAAUAAUCAGAAAAAUGUGGAACAAACGGUGCCGCAGAAUAGCGGAAUUAUCCUGAGUAACGGUAAUGGUGCAGGGUUACAGUUAGUUCCUACUAGGUUACCUAAUGGCGAUAUAGCUUUAGUUCUACCUACUUCCUUACAAACUCCACAACAACCUUCGACAGUGCCUUUGUUAGUGCCGAUUAUGCCUGAGAGGACGGCGUCGACAGCCUCAGCGACUAGCGGUUAUUCCAAUUACUCGCCUAGUCACAGUCCGGAGCCUACAGAUUCGUUGUAUAGCCAGCCUUUAUCAUUGGUUGUGAGGAAGAUCGAGCCUAUGGAAGAAGAAAAACCUUGGAGGCCCUGGUGAAGCUUUGUGAUCAGUUUAGUGUUCCAGAAUAAGUUGAUUUUCGGACCAUAAUUUACUUUAAACGGUCAGGCCGGGAUACAAAGAUAUUUUUUAUUUAGUUUUAUAUUAUCCAUCGUGAGAUUUCUAAUUGUUUAAUUAAUUCCUAUGUUAAAAUAAUGUCUUAAAAAUCAGUCUGUUGAAAGGCAAUCAUAAAAGACGUCUCUAUCUGGAAAAUAAACUAGUUACUAGCGAACAGAUAGUUUAGAAGCAGAAGGUUACCUUAUUUAAGCAAAUAUUAUUCGUUAAUUAUUAUCUCUUUUGACAUUUCUUAGAGAUCUGAGACUUCAAAAUCAACUAUAUUUAUACAUCUUUUGAUAUUUUUUUAUCGCACAUAGGGUUUUAAUUGGAUAAUUUAAAGCUUCAGAAAUUGAUUUGAGAAUUUCCUUGAGGGGAUUUCCCGAAACUUUCUAUAUUUAGACUAAAGAUUAUUGUUAUUACUGUGCCUUAGAUAUUUUCCCAGAUAGAAUUAGCACUAGUGUUUGAUUUUAAAACAGGGGGCAAAUAUACAGGGUAUCUCAUUAAUAAUGGGACACAGAACAAUGGAAGAUUUUCUGAUUAAAAAUAAGACGAUUAAACGACACAUGCUUAGAAAAAAUAUUACUGGUUUCUGAAAUACAAGGUGUUAAAGUUUAAAAUUCAAAAAUUAUUAAUGGCUAUAAUUUUUUUUUUUUUUUUCAUAAAUCAAAAACAGAAAACAAUAUCAACUAAAAAUCUCUGCAAUGGGAAAAAGCCUAUUGAUAAAAAAAUCUGAUUAAAAAAGGGGGUUUGUUUAACUGUGAAGAUUAUGAUAUAGAAUCCAAGCAUUAUAUAUCUUUAUUGUAGUUUUAAUUUAUUUUUAAUUUUAAAAUUUUGAAUUUUUUUUAUAAAAUUAUACUGAACAAACAUUUUUGGUGUCAUUAAGAUAUACUUUAUCAGACACAAAAAUCAGUUAAAUAAACUUUGCCAGUGGCGUGCGGCAUGGCAUACCUUCUAAAUUUUAAGCUUAUUUAGUCAACAAUUUAAAUUUUUUUAAUAAAUCAUGUACUUCUUAAUGGGAAUUUAUAAUGUAUAAAAUAAAAAUUACAAAAU